AUGGGGAAAGUAUUUCAUCCAGGAAUAAAGUCCGGAGGUGACGAUCCUGUUUCAUGGACAGAUCCCUACACCCAUGCUCCUGAUGAUUACAUCAAAGUUGACAACGUCCUUAUAGAAGCAGUCUCAGAGGAAAGAGCUAAAGCCCGACCACUUCAAGAUCAACUUCUGGCCGAGUAUGCCAUCCAGGCGCUUAAGCAGGUGGCCCCUAAAGCUAAAUCAGGAAUGCCAGCCAUAGCUUGGCACAAUUUCGUUAAUCUGACUAGGUAUAAAGAUAUGCAGCCCUACAACGUGACCCACACUGGUCAUAUUAACUUUACAUUUCCCGACCAAAUCACUCUUGAGAUGCGACAAGCCUACUACAGCUGCAUAAGCUACAUAGACUAUGAACUUGGAAGGGUCAUUGCAGAGCUGGAUAACCAGGGUCUGACCAAUAAUACAAUAAUAUCCUUCUGGGGUGACCAUGGAUGGCAGUUGGGGGAACAUUCUGAAUGGCAAAAGGAAACUAAUUUUGAAGAUGCUACCCACGCUCCUAUGAUGAUUCAUGUUCCUGGAGUUACUGAUCAUGGUGUUGUCACUGAGAAACUUACAGAAUACGUUGAUCUGUAUCCUACACUCGUUGAAGCUGCAGGACUUCCAAAACUCGACAUGUGUCCACCAAACUCUCAAAAUGUCAGUCUGUGUACAGAGGGUACAAGUAUGGUGCCACUUAUGACGAAUCCUACAACGGACGAUUGGAAAACUGCAGCAUUCUCAGAGUAUGCCAAGAAAAGCAAUGUUAUCGACGGUGACGCAGUUAUGGGAUUCAGCAUGAGAACUGAAGAGUAUCGAUACACAGAGUGGAUCAACUUCAAGGCCAUGCCUCUGUAUAAACCGAUGUGGGACGAGCUGCAGGGGAGUUGA